AUGAGCAGCGACAACGCCCGCAUGACGCGAAGCCGACAGCGAACGGCGCCACCUGCAGAAGAGCGGACCCCACCAAACCAAUCCAACCGAAAUGGGGCGGAUCUGCGCGUUGCGACCCCAGAGAGGACCUCUGUGGACCUAAUUGAUCCUGAAGGCACCGCAGAGGCCCAAUCUGAGCCAACCCAGCCAGACGUGGCGGGAGACGAGCCAACGGGGCUCUCAACGACCCAACGCCUGCAGGAACUAAGAGCUUGGUUCCAAAAGGUGCAGGAGGAACAAGAAUUGCACCGCCUUCUGGAAAUUAAACGCAGAGUGGAACAAGGCGACACAUCUGCGCUCCAGGAAGGACAACCCAGUGCGCCACAGCCAUACACCGCACCAGCUGAACCAAACAAUAAGACUCCACGCCCUGAGAAACCAACUCAGUUCGCAAACCGCGACCGCGCCGAAUAUAACCGCUGGGAGCGCGAAUGCGAGGCAACCUUCCGUGGAAGCCCUAAGAACUUCUACUCGGAAGCUACUAAGAUCGAUUUUGGGAUAAGAUACAUCUCAAAUACGCUAAGAACCCUAUGGGAUGCCUACUCCCAUGAUAAUCAACGGAAAAGUGAUCGAUGGCAACCAACGUGGACAGAAUUUAAGACGGUAAUGCUUAAUGCGCUAGGACCGCAAGAACAAAGGAAGCUUGCAGCUCACCAAGCCCUAAAGUCCAUCAAACAAGACUGGAAUCAGGAUCCCAACGACCUUCUAUCCAAACUAGACACACUUUGGACUGAAUUGGGCCAAUCCUACCCAGAAGAGCAAAGAAUUAUGGACUUUGUAGGGGCUUUGCUCCCUACGGUACAAAAGGACCUCCUCCUGCUAGAACCAGAACAGAGGAGCUCUAUCACAGACGUCAAUAGCCGUGCGCGCCUUAUAUGGAAUCGAUAUAGGCGCGAGAAACCCCAAAGGCCUGGAGAAGGUAAAUCCACCCACAGUAGAACCCUCACGAACGAAAGGGGUGUUCAAAAGACCUGGAAAAAACCAAGGCGGGAUGGACCGGACCACAAAGGCCCAAAUUGGGGUAAUAAGGCCGGAAACAGAGAGAAACCCUCCAACGAAAACUGUUUCAAGUGCGGGAAACCCGGACACAUCGCAAGGGGCUGUAGGGAGUCCAACGUAAGCAACUCCGGAGCACCCGACGAUAAUUCGGAAAAAGGCAAGGGCUCGAAGGGCAAGUAG